AUGACAAUACAACGGCUCGUGGUCAUCAGCCUCGGCAACCCGGGCGAGAUGCGCAACACGUACCACUCAGCCGGGCACAUCGUGCUCGAGGCGCUACAACGCGCCCUGGGCCCAUCCCAGCCCUCCUUCUCGGCCCAACGCAUCGGCAAGCUCAACACGCUCGCCUCCAUCGGAUCACAAUACUCGCUCCUGCAGUCCCCCGCCGUCAUGAAUGUGACGGGGCCGUGGGCGGCCGCCGCCUACCGCCAGCAGCUGGUCGACAGCCGGCUGGGCGCCGCCGAGGUCGGGGUCGUGCUGGUGCAUGAUGACCUGGAGGAGGAGCUGGGCGUGAUUAAGGUGCGGGAGUGGAAGCGCAGUCCGAGGGGGCAUAAUGGGGUUAAGAGCGUGCAUGCCGCGCUGGGCGCUAAUCCAGCGGUGGGCAAGUGGGCGCGCGUGUCGGUGGGGAUUGGGCGGCCGGAUGCGAGGGAUAAGGCCGCGGUGUCGAAUUUUGUGCUGAGUAAGGUCCCGAGGGCGACAAGGAGUGUUUUGGAGGAUAAUGGGAGUCGUGGGUUGUAUCAGGCGCUUGCGGAGUUGAACACGAAAUGGGGUGGUUGA